GCCGACACGAGUGAGCUCGAGCUGAGGAAAGUCUCUGUAGUACAAAAAAGUCUGCAGAAGAAAGUGAAUGGACCGACAACGAUACAUUUAAGCUAAAAGCAGAGACACCACUGGGGCGUCAGGUGGUUGACGAUGGACCUCAACAGUGAGACCAGGAAGAUGACCUCCUACCUCCCAGCUAACCCGUCCUCUGAGACUGAGAGACUGGCUCCAACAAAAGGCCCAGGCUGCAGCUGGCUGGUGGUGGUGGCGGCUGUAGCAGCCUCUCUGAGCGGACUGAUGCUGGGAUAUGAAAUGGGUCUAACCUCUGGAGUCCUCCUGCAGCUGCGAGGCCUCCUCUCACUCUCCUGCCGGGAACAGGAACUGCUGGUCAGCUCACACCUGCUCGGUGCUCUCCUCAUCUGCCUGGUCGGGGGUCCUAUUCUGGAUCGUUAUGGCCGCCGCUGCUCACUGCUCCUCAGCGCUGCCCUGGUGGUUGGAGGAACAGUCAUGCUCAUUGCCUUCUCCUCACUUAUAUCCCUGACUCUUGGACGAGUUAUUAUCGGCAUGGGGACAGCACUGUCGGGGACAGGAGCAUGUCUUUACAUCGCAGAGAUCUCACCGAGGGAAAGGAGGGGACUGCUGGUGACACUGUACGAGCUGAUGCUGGUUGUGGGAGUCAUGCUGGGGUUCAGCUGUAGCUAUGCCUUUGCUACUCUUCCUCAUGGGUGGGCGUAUACAUUUGGACUUGUAAUCCCACCUGCACUGCUGCAGUUCAGUGUUCUUUUGUUUCUUCCACCAAGCCCUCGCUUCCUGGUCACCCAAGGAAAGGUAGAGCAUGCCAAGAUGGUGUUAGCCAGGAUGAGGGGUGGGGUUCAGGAACAUGUGGAAAUGGAGCUCAGAGACAUCCAGGUGGGGCUCAAAGAGGAAGCAGAGCAUAGUUUUCGGGAGUUAUUUAGUUCCAAGGCUAACUUGCGUUCUCGGCUGCUAACAGGUGUAGCAUUAGUGUUCCUACAGCAAGCCACGGGUCAGCCCAACAUCCUCUCCUAUGCCUCACCUCUACUUCGCAGCGUCGGCUACAACAGCGACGCCGCAGCAACGUUAGCAUCAACAGGGUUUGGAGUGGUCAAAGUAGUUGGCACCAUCCCGGCAGUGCUGCUGGUCGACCGUGUGGGACCUAAGAGCUUUUUGUGCGUGGGUGCUGUCGCAAUGGGAUUGUCUUUAGUUGCUCUUGGCACAUUGACUCUGCAAAGCCACACCCACCUCACCAGCCUGUGUAAAAGUCAGACUUUAACAAACCACACACAAACUCCGUGGGAUUUUAACAGAACGUUUGUAGACUUUAAUGAAAGUGACUUUUUCCCUACUGACCCCACCCAAUGGGGCAGUGAAGAGGCACAGCAGAUAGGCCAAGAGGAUGAUGGGAUUAUGGUGCCAGGAGGAGGAAGGACUAAUGUAGAGGUGUCUUCCUCACUGAGGGUGGCAUCAUUGAUCAGCUUGCUGGUGUAUGUGGCAGCCUUCUCCAUAAGCCUCGGGCCAAUGGUUUAUGUCGUUCUCAGUGAGAUCUUCCCUAUGGGCGUCAGAGGCAGGGCUGUGUCUGUGGUGUCAGCAGUAAACUGGGCCACAAAUCUACUCAUCUCCAUGACGUUCCUCACAGUUACAGAGCGGAUUGGAGUGCCUAAUGUGAUGUUCCUCUACGCUUCCAUGAGUUUUGUUCUGCUGGUGUUUGUCAUCCUCUGUAUCCCCGAGACCAAAGGUCGCACACUAGAGGAGAUAUCCAAAGAAUUAGCCAAGAAGAAGCACUUUGAGGUGAAGCUGUACCGCCAGAUUCAGCCUCAGGAGGGACUGAUCAGUAAGGGCAGCAUGUCCAAAGAGAUCCCAGUAAAUGUCUGACUCCUUUAACAGACAACUACUUCACCAGACAACUAGGGAUCCACAAGGACUACAUUUGAUCAAAAUGCACUCCCCAACAUCCCUGCAGUCUAAGCUGAUUACUAUAUUAAUUGUUCUGUCAGAGUUCCUUCCAGCUACAUACUGCAUGUAAAGGAAGAAUGCAGCAGGGAUGGUGGAAAGCACAAAGUUAGAAUUAAAUAUUGGGUAAGGUUUGGGGUAUUUGCUCAAAUAAAAGCUCUGGGUUCACUCUUGCUUGAUAAAGGGCAGUAAAGAGAGGUCAGUGACAGGGAUUUGAUUUCUAAAUGUGGAAAAUAUAGCACUGUCAAUCAGUUAAAAUUGUAAUUUUGAUUAAUCACUAUAGAGGCUGUGAUUAAUCACAAUUUCAGUACUCUUAUUUUAUAAAAAAAUUUAAUACUUGAGAUGUGCCUUGUUUAAAUGCAAAAUAUGUCAGUGACUAGCAGCCUGUAAUAACACAGCCAAAAUUUAGGGUUUCAGGGUGGCCAAUCAGAUGACAGGUGGGAUCCAGGUCAACCUGCUAGGAUCCCUCCUGCUGUUCAGCCAGAAUAACCUGAGGCCAUACAGCUCAUUGCGUGAUCCACUAAGCCUACAGGGCACUUUAUAGAUGCAAACAUACGGCCAAUCUGACAACUACAUUUGCACUUUGCACAAUAUUAAAGGUACAGUGUGUAAAAUUGGGACUAUCAACAUCUAACAGUCAAUUCUGGAGUGUGAUGCUCAUUUCUCUGGUGAUAACUGUGGGAACCAGU